AAUGAGUGAGGAUAUAUUAAGUAGAAGUAACAUGGGUGAAUUUGGAGAAGUAUGUUUUCAUUUAGAUUUGUUAUUUAGGAAUUUGAUCAACAACUCUAUGAAAGAUGUGAACAAUUUUGUUAAAAAUUAAGACGAACAAAUUAAUAGCUCUACAAGUUCAAUUUAAUAUCAAUUUUAGACAAUUUUCCAAUAUUGUUAAUUAAAAUACUAAAGCUGCUAAAGAAUAAUUGGGAUAAAUGUUAAGUGAGGAACCAGAAAUAUUAAAGGAAGUUAAUGCUUUAUUAGAGGAUGAUGUCAAAUUCAAGACUCAGAAAGAGAGAUUGACUGAGUUCAUAAACAAUGAGAGUAACAAAUCUAAGGCUUUGGAAACGAUAUUGAAAUAAAUCUAAAAUGGACAUUUAGAUGGACAUCAAAACAAAGAUCAUAUAUUGGAUUUAUUUAGCAAUGAGCCUUAAUUACAAUAAUAGUUUUUGUAAAGUUUCAAAAAGAAGCAUGACCAAAUUCCACCAAAAAAAAAAAUUGAAGAAAAUAGAAAUUAUUUUUAAAAACUAUUGGAUAAGAAUGGGGUUGUAGAUAUGGUAUUACUAAAAUUUAUAUAUUAGAAUGAAUUGCUCUUUUGGGAUAAAUUUAGAAUGAGGGUAAUUCAAUAAUACCCCAAUGAUUUUCAACAAUUUAUGAAUGAAUUUAUGAAGAUUAUACAUUUAUAUUCUGAAUGCAUUAUAACUUAAAUGGAAGUGAUGGAGUUAAUCAAUUAAUAAGAAUGGCUAGAAACUGAAUACAUUGAUGAUAUUAGAUCCAUGUUGUCUACAAGGGUGAUUGCUAGAAGAAUAUAAACUCCUCUUUUUAAACCUUUGAAAGAUACAGAUUUUGCUUAAGUGGACAGAGUAACUAGAUCCUAUGUUAGAAUGCCUAUUGGAUAUGCAAAGGCUAAUAAUAAUUAAGAAAUUCUUAACCAUUCUUGGGUAUCAGUGCCAUUUGGUUCUGAAGAUCAAUCAUUCUUAAUUAUGAGAAAAAACACUUUUGAAGAACAACUUUUUAAAAGUGAAGACGAAAGAUUUGAAUUUGAUGUCAAUAUUUAAUAAAUAAAAAGAACCAUAAAUUUAUUAUAAGAAAUAAUUGAUAGUAAUAAAGAGGAUCCAAUAUUGAUUGCUAAAGUAAUUAAUAUGAGAAUCUUACAAUAAUUAUAUCGAAAUUAAACUUAAGAUUAAAAUGAAGUGCUUUAGAUAUUUUAAACUAAACCUGCUGAAAGUGCAAAAAUCCUUAUAAAGAGAGUGAGAUCAAAAUUAAAUGAAUUAAUUUCAGCAAGAAAUAACAAAGCUAAAUAAAUUUGGGAAAAUGUCUCAUUAAAUAACUUUCAUCGUUCACUUGAUCACAGAUCUUUUUAUUUUAAAAAAAAUGAUAAAUUAGUAAUUAAUGGAUAAAGAUUUGCAAGAGAAAUAGAAGAAUAUGCCAAAAAUGUCUUAAUAAAGCAUUUAGGAUCAAAAGAACAUGUAUUUGUUAAAAGAAAACAAGAUUAAAUAUAAUAUACAUUUGAAAAUUCAUUUCUGAAUUCUCUGGCUUAGAUGACUAACAUAAGACCAACUUUACCUAAAUAAAUGCCAUUAAUUACUUCUAUCAAAGAUAAUGUCCGUUUUUCUCCAUUAAUUUCUUUAUGGAUGGGAAAUGAAUAAAUUUUAUAAGAGUGUGGUUAAUUUGUUAUUCAUUAUCUCCAGAUUAUGGGAGGCAAUAAUUCUCUGGAUAAAAGAAAUGGAACCAUUUUUAUGAUAAAGUUAAUCAAUCAUUUUUUUUAAGUUCCAAUGAAACCAAUGCAAAUAUCAUAAUUGACAUUAAUAGAUACUAAAUUGAAAAAUGAAAUAUAAGAACUUGAAAUAUAUGAUAUUCAUUAUAAUCCAGAAGAUGCUACAAUAUCUAUUCCAGUAAUAGAAAAUGAAUCUCCAGGCUUAUUUUUAAAUUUACAACCUAGAGUCAAAUCCACUACAUAUGUGACAUAAAAUCUAUAUAUUCUUUUGAGAUUUCUACAUACUAUAUAUCAAAGAUUAGAAAUGGCUUAUGUGAUUAGUCAAUAAAACAAAUUAGGAUAAGAUAAGAGAUAUAAUUUAUUUAAAUCUGCGUUAUUUCUUUCAUUAAAGGCCAAAGACUUUAAAUAUGAAGAUCAUUUACGUAGUUUAUUUGGGAAGCAUGUAAAUUGAUUAUUAAUAACUUUAGGGUUUCAUAUUUUCAACUUUAGAAAAGGUUUUUCAUGAUGCUGCUAAGUAAUUAGCUAUUUGUGCUUCUGAUGUUGUAACAAUGUCAUUUUUUGAAAAAUCAUAAUCAGUAGAAGGAGACCUUGAUAAAUACUUUUCAGUUGUCUCUAGUAUUGUAAAUGGUGAAGGAAUUAAGGUUUCAGAUUUAGAAGCUUCUGUUUUUUGUAAGUUCUAAGAAUUACAAGAGGAAGAACAAUUACUUAAAUUACAUCAUGCAUUUGCUCGCCAUAAACCAGAAAAGAAACCUAUCUAUAGAGUAAAUUGAUAAUGUUAUUUUUAGAUAGCUUGUUGGCAUAAAGCUUGUUUUAUUUCAAUAUUACCAGCAUAUGGGGGUUGCAAUUAAGAUGUAUGUAAAUCUUGUAAACAACCUUUCUUAAUGAGAAAUAUGAAAAGAGGUGAAAGAAGAAUGAUGAUAAAUAAUAGUAUUGAAUGGAUUGUUGAUGAAUUUAGCCAUUUCAAACCUAUCAAUAAUUGGGGAGAAGAUUAUUUAAAAUGUGUAUGAUUGU